CGUUCUAAAGUGAAGCACUCAAUCCGUCAUGUGCAAGCAAAGACGCACUACCCAGUGUUACACAAGAGAAGAUAGCGCGCGCACAUGAAUAACAACCAAAACGACACCGUUUUGCUUCAAGCGCUAUCUCCAAACCCUAAUUAAAUUUUCUUCACAGUACCACAAAUUCGAGCUUCACCGUUCGCACCAUGUCUUCCGAUGACAUCAAUCUCACUCCUGAUCAAAGAAUAGAAAACGGCCUUACUUCCCCUCUCGUAUUCCCAGACCACUCUCUGCGCUUCAACUGCGGCGGUGCACCACCGCGACAGGUCGGUGAUCCGGUUCCUAAAACCGGCGGUUUCAUCGACGACAAAAUGUUCACUGUCAAUCGCGAUCAGUUUUUCCCUUCUCAGGGGACGGAGUUCCGCCGGAAUGUUUUCUCCGACCGCGGGAACCCGUCGGAUGUACUGAACUGGAGCGAGGGAACUCCAAGCAGCAAUGACUCAGACGGCGAAGACGAUGAAGAUGACGAUGAAGACGAUGAUGGUGGCGACACCGUAGUAGACAGACUCGUCGGUGUUGGUGACGGUAGCAAGCGCAGUUCCAAUUCAAUCAUUGAUGUUAACAAUAAUAAUGGUGGUAAUGUUACAAAUAGAAAAUCCCAGCUUCAUUCCGCUUAUGUUUCCGGUAGAGAGAUAAUGGGAAAGGAUGGUGAAAUUGUACAGUUGGUGCAUAACAAUGCGAGUGGUGCUACUAUGGGUGGAGAUGAUCAGCGAGAAAGAUUAGGUAAAAAUCACAACUCUGUAACUGACUGUGAGGAAUAUUAUUCACACUAUCUUCAAGGUACGGAAGGGUCACCUUCUGUGCAGAAAGUUAUGGUGGACGACGAUGGUUGUGGAUUUAGUGGAAGAAAGGAUUUUGUGUAUUCAAGCGAGUCAGGGGAGUCUUUGAGGGCGAUUCUUUCAGAUCCUGUUAGUGGAACUCUUAUGGAUGAUGCAAUGAUAUUACCUUGUGGACAUUCAUUUGGUGGAGGUGGAAUACAGCAUGUUAUUAGAAUGAAAGCUUGUUGUACUUGUUCUCAAGCUACAUUGGAGGAAUCAAUAUCUCCAAAUCUAUCACUUCGAGCAGCUGUGCAGGCGUAUCGUCGGGAAGAGGAAUCGCAAUUUUACCGGUCAUCCAAAAGAAAAAGAGAAAGAUUUGAUCAGGGUGGUUUCGGAGAGUGUGCUGUUGUUGAAUCAUCAAGGACCAGAGGUGUUCAAUUUCCAUUUGCUGUGAUGGAUCGGGUUAUCAUAAAGGGGAACAAAAGGACACCACAACGCUUUGUUGGGCGUGAAGCUAUUGUAACAACACAAUGCCUGAAUGGAUGGUAUGUGGUGAAGACAUUAGACAAUGCGGAGAGUGUAAAAUUGCAGUAUCGCUCCCUUGCUAAGGUUUCCGACAAUCCUUCAAAACCUGUCUCCAGCAACAUGGGACCUAAUUGGCUUCAGAUCUGCCGCACAACAUCAUAAAAUCACUAAAAUAUGGUCGAUAAUACUUCUGCUUAAGUUGCCACUGUAUGUUGUGCAUUUUAUUGGUAACACCACGAACAAUUUUUUUUAGCGAUUUUACUAUUUGUAUACUUGUAAGAAAAGAGUGCUGGCAACGUAAAAAAAAAGUGCUAGCAAGAGUUUGUAAACACAUAAGCCUUGUACUGCUUUGUAUUUGUUGAGAGUAUAGUAUCUUAUCAAACACUUUGUUCGGAUACAGUCAGAUUUAUAUAUAAAUGGAAACUAUUGUGAUUUAAAUUA